UGGUGCCGUCAGGCCCGUCACCGUGCACCGUCGUCACGUCGUGCGACGUGCCAUGGCUCAUCCGCAGUGACCUUGCCCCUUGGUGCUCGCUCCCGCGCUGCCCGCGCACCGCGCGCCCGCUUUGGUCGGGCGUCCGCUGCCCACUUUGCGCGCUUCCCCGCUGCUCCCCCGCCGUACGUAAAAUGGACCUAUCCACAAUUCCACAUCACCCGGCGCCUCUCCGUCUUCCUCCUCCCUCGCCGUCGCCGCGCCCCCAACCGUCACUACCGACAGCAGCACGGUUCACCCCGGGCGCGAGGGCGACGCUGCCGAGGGCGAGGGGUGCGUCCCGCCGGAUCGGCGCAGGAGCGACACACGCGACGCCAUGGACGAGAAGAAGGGCUCCGAGGAGGCGCCGUUCUUCACGGACUACGGCGAGGCGAGCCGGUACGAGGUUACCGAGGUGGUGGGCAAGGGCAGCUACGGCGUGGUCGCCGCGGCCCUCGACACCCUCACCGGCGAGCACGUCGCCAUCAAGAAGAUCAACGACGUCUUCGAGCACGUCUCCGACGCCACCCGCAUCCUGCGCGAGAUCAAGCUGCUGCGCCUGCUGCGCCACCCGGACAUCGUCCAGAUCAAGCAUAUCAUGCUCCCGCCAUCGCGCCGCGAGUUCCGCGACAUUUACGUCGUCUUCGAGCUCAUGGAGUCCGACCUCCACCAGGUCAUCAAGGCCAACGACGACCUCACGCCCGAGCACCACCAGUUCUUCCUGUACCAGCUGCUCCGCGGCAUGAAGUACAUCCACGCCGCCAAUGUCUUCCACCGGGACCUCAAGCCCAAGAACAUUCUCGCCAACGGCGACUGCAAGCUCAAGAUUUGUGACUUCGGCCUUGCUCGGGUGUCUUUCAACGAUACACCUUCAGCCAUAUUCUGGACGGAUUAUGUGGCAACAAGAUGGUAUCGUGCUCCAGAAUUAUGCGGCUCCUUCUUUUCAAAGUAUACUCCUGCGAUUGAUAUCUGGAGCCUAGGUUGUAUAUUUGCUGAAAUGCUUAUAGGGAAGCCUCUCUUUCCUGGCAAGAAUGUGGUACAUCAACUGGAUCUCAUGACAGAUCUACUUGGCACUCCUUCACCAGAGUCACUUUCGAGGAUUCGAAAUGAAAAGGCUCGCCGAUACUUGGGAAACAUGAAAACAAAGCAUCCAGUUCCUUUUACACAGAAGUUUCCUGGUAUAGAUCCAAUGGCUCUUCAUUUGCUUGAACGCCUACUUUCUUUUGAUCCAAAGGACCGACCAACUGCUGCAGAGGCCUUGACAGAUCCAUACUUCACUGGGUUAGCAAAUUCUGCACGUGAACCAGUAGCACAACCUAUCUCAAAAUUUGAGUUUGAGUUUGAAAGAAGGAAGCUGGCCAGAGAUGAUGUUCGAGAAUUAAUUUACAGAGAGACAUUGGAAUACCAUCCUCAGAUGUUGCAGGAGUUUCUUGGUGGUGGUGUCAAGGCGAACUUUGUGUACCCGAGUGGGGUGGAUCGUUUCAAGAGGCAAUUCGUUCAUCUCGAAGAAAUUGCUGCUAAGGGUGAGAAGACUAGCCCACAAUUGCGACAACAUACUUCCUUACCAAGAGAAAGAGUAAAUGACAGCGGCGACGACCUUGAGAAACCAAGUGCAGAUUACUGCAUAAGAUUGCAUGUAUGUGAUCAACUCUCAAGCUCUCGUAACUUUCUGAAGAGCGAAAGCAUCAGUGCUUCCCAGUGUGUGGUCAUCAAACCGAAGCGAGAGAAAGAUGAGGAGCCCAUAUCUGAGUAUGCGAGCAGUCCAGUUGAUGGUGUGCCACCGAGGAUUGCUGAACUCAAAACCUGAGAGCCUUAAGGUACAUCCAAGCAAGAAGGAUCUGUGCACAUCGACCUGUUCUUGAACCAUAGGGGAAAAAAUGACAUUUGGGAGGUGCCCAACUAUUCCAGAUACGUUUCCAAUGCUCAAAACUAGUAGCUCUAUAUAGCGGCGCAUCAUAAGCCGAUUUAGAAGAAUAGCAGCCGGAACUAGGGGGAACAUGGCAAGGCUGAUUCUAUGAUCUUUAAGGUUCAGUAGCCAAGAGCGAUACAUCAAGAGGAUAAAUAGUCUUGGUAACCUUUAAUAUAAAGCUUCCUUUUUUGAAAAAAGGUUCAGUAGGCAGAAUUGCUUUCUGAUGAUUGUAUUGUGUUGUAAUGGUUCCCUUUAUCUUUCUCCCAUGGAGCUAGAUAUAUUUGACUCUUGCUCCAGAAAUUUUUUUUUGUCGGAUGGAAUUCCUAUUAA